ACCUAGUGGGCAAGAUGCAAAUUCACCCCAGAUGUUUCUCCUACUGCUAUCGAUAUGGCAGCCUUGAGGUCCUUCAAGAGAAUCCCUGGUCCUCUUCAGCUGCUGCUGAUGAUGAUCCUUCUCCCACGAGAUCUGGUUGUUACAGGACAGAACUUGGAGGUAACACAACUUCCGGAAACUGUAUCGGUGAAAGCUGGACACAACCUCACUCUACAAUGUACAUUGACUGAGACAAAUUUACCCGGAGGCGUGCGGUGGUACAAAGGGCUGGACAGAAACCAGCCCCCCGUUUACAGCGAUAAGCAAGGAGCUUCCAACCGGGGGAAGAGGCUGGUCGCAGGAUCCAACACAGACUUUAGCCUCAACAUCCUAAACAUUGGUCCUGAAGAUGCCGGGACCUACUAUUGUGUGAAGUUCAGGGCAGGGAUCCCAGAGAGAGAACUGGCUUCAGGGAAAGGCACUCAGGUCAUCAUAAUUGUUGCGCAGCAACAAUCCCUCCUUGUUCUCUGGCUCCUGCUUUUCCUGAACAAAGCAGCCGUCCUUCUCCUCUCCUGCCUUUUCCUAACGCAGAUGUGCAGAUGUGCAGAGGCAAAAUCUCAUUCCAGAAAACCCCAGGAAGUAAAAGGGUUUGAAAGUCCAAUUAGGAACGCCUGUUCCUGACAGCUUUUCCGGCUGAGAAAGAAAAACAAACCGAGAAAACGGAAAUAAAUAAAUAUAUAUAUA